GCAUUCCUACUUCGACUUGAAGUUAGCUGCAAUUUCAGGUUCUAAUACGAAAAAUGUAAUCGGAGUUGCUGUGUUUCAUCAGCGAAGUUUAAUUUAUUUUGAUCCAUUAAUAUUUGUUCUAAUAAACGAAAAAUAUUGAUUGUGGAAUAUUCUGAGCAUCUAAUCGAACUUGCGGUGUUUCAAAUAUAAGCGGGGAUCACGAAUUUGCGUCCUAAAUUUUCCCCAGCAACAAAGAAAAAAAGUACGGAAUAUGCAUAGAAACAAAUGAUCACAGUGCAAGUCGAAUAAAAGUGCAAAGGUAUUUGCAUUCAUUUGCACAGGUUCUUGUGAACGCAUUCUAUUUUACGCAGUUUAUUAAAAGAUUAAGAAACAAACUCAAUACAUUAAUCAAGACAAGUAUUUUUUUCAAAUAUCGGAGUGCAGUUGCAUAAAAAACUGAAGCCGUAACGCUGACGUCAGUAUAGUCGCCAGAUAAUAUAAAAAACGCAGACCAGUCUUGUGCUAAAGAUUUUUGAGAAGUUUAUUUAGAAAUAAUCGUUAGCUAAAUGGAGGGAUCGGAUGGAUCACCUCCUCCGUCAUUGUGCAUUGUACGAGCAACUGAAUUUUUUCCAAAAUCUCAAAUGGAGAAGGAAGAUACACAGUUGACGGUGCCCUUUCAAGAACUUGCCGGUGAAUCCGUCAAAUAUCUGGGACGUACAGAUGAUGGUGUUUUGGCGCUCUCUACAUACCGCAUAUUUAUGCUUAAAAACUCUACCAACUCAGAGACAUCUGUGCCACUGGGCCUGAUCGAGAGCGUACAUAUCCGUGACCUGUUUCAAUUAAUCAUAAAUUGUAAAGACGCUAGCACUGUGAAAUGUUCCUUUGAAACAGCUGAACAAUGCUCCGAUUGGCAGCGCCGUAUUAAUCAAUCAGUGGGUGUCCCGCCAACGUUGGAAGCAUUAUUCGCGUUUCCCUUCCACUCGUAUAUGUGUGAUGCAAUUAGCGUACAGAAUGGCGAUGGUAUUGGCAGAUUAGCCGAUGGUAGCAUCAUUGACAAUUCUACCGAGUACCUGGAACGCUUACAACGUGCCUCCCGCGAUGAUGACGAUUUUAUGCGUGAAGUCGAACGACUCGGUUUCGAUCUAAAUGGAGCGUGGCGUAUUUCCAAAGCCAAUGAGGAGUUCAAAUUGUGUCCUUCAUAUCCGCAAAAGUUGCUGGUGCCGGGUUGCAUAUCGGACGAAAUGCUCAAUGAAGUGGCGAACUUUCGAGGUUCGCGGCGUCUGCCAGCGGUUGUAUGGCGUCAUCGAAAAUCGGGCGCAGUGAUUGCGCGCUGCAGUCAGCCGGAGGUGGGUUGGUUCGGUUGGCGCAGUACGAAAGACGAGCAACUGUUCAAAGCAUUGGCUGAUGCUUGUGCCUUUGACAGAGGCGAGCAGAUGCGUCGUUUCAUGCAGUGCACAAAUCCUGGGCUCACCAUGACUUCCGGUGAGAAUUCACCAUCAAGCACUGAAAACAGUCACGAGGAAGUGGCGCUAGAUGAAGUGAGAAAAAUCCUUAUUAUAGAUGCGCGUAGCUACGCAUCUGCUGUAACGAAUCGUGCACGCGGCGGAGGCUGCGAAUGCAUUGAAUAUUAUCCGUGCGCGGAAAUAGAAUUUAUGAAUCUAGGUAACAUUCAUGUCAUACGAAAGAGUUUUCAUGCGCUCAGACAACUGUGUGCUUCACCACCAGAUUGUCCCAAUUGGUUAGGUUUACUCGAAAAGACAAUGUGGCUGCAACACCUUUCUGGACUUUUAGCUGCGGCCGUAACCGUCUGCCAUGCCAUCGAGAAGAAAGGGCGCCCGGUAUUGGUACACUGUUCGGACGGCUGGGAUCGAACGCCACAAAUAGUGGCCACAGCACAACUGUGCUUGGAUCCUUUCUAUCGCACUGUUGAGGGUUUCCGCAUUCUCGUUGAACGUGAAUGGCUGAGUUUUGGGCAUAAAUUUUCCGAUCGCUGUGGUCAUGGGCCCGGUUCUGAAGACGUAAAUGAAAGAUGCCCAGUUUUCUUGCAAUGGUUGGAUAUAGUGCAUCAAAUACACAGACAAUUCCCAUGUAGUUUUGAAUUCAACAUGGCGUACUUGAUAAAAUUAGCACAACACUCCCAUUCAUGUUUAUUCGGUACCUUCCUUUGCAACACAUACAGGGAGCGUUUGGAAAAGUCAGUAUUUGAGCGCACAUUCUCAGUCUGGCCUUUCCUCUCAGGACCAAUGUAUAAAAAUCCGCUUUACAUAGCAAAUAGAGAUGCGGUAAUUUGGCCUGCGCAUCAUGUGCGAGAUUUAUACUUAUGGACUGAUGUUUAUUUGGGUAGUCUGGGCAAUCAAAAUAGCAUUGAUUUUCCCAACAACAGUAAUGAAACUGUGCAAGGUUCGAUAACUCCCAUGACUAAGACACGUUCGUAUGGUGAUUUAACAUCAGCAAACAUUAUGCAGAGUGGAAUAUCACGUCGUUCCAGCGAUCCAAACGUGACUUUAGAACCGAAUUUAACUAUGACAUCCAAUUUUGAAAAUAAUUGCAUUUCGAAUAUGAAAACCGAGCGGGGAGAUUCACCAGAUGAUGUAAAUGAUACCAUACAGAAAAUCCAAAAUCUCACCAUGCAGUUAAAUAACCAAGACGAAGAAAAUUUUACUGGUAUUGGAAAAACUGCAGAUGAACUGCAGAAAGAUGCACAAAAAGGACUAAACGAGGAUAUAAUGGAUGAUGAUCAGGUUACUGAAAACAUGUCACUGCAGGACAAAUUCAACAACAUGUCAUCAGUGAUUUUCGACAGUUAUCCGUUUGAAGCCCUUAGGUCGAAUAUCGCAAAUUUAAACGAAACCGCUAUUACGCAUAAAACAACCGAUGUUUACAAUAUUACACAUAAUGGCGUUGAGUUGGGUAGUUUGAGUCAGUAUGAUGAAGCUAAGAAUACUCUAGCUGCCACUGAGAUCAGAGAUACGGGUGGCGGUAAGAACUUGAGUACGUAUAAGGCCUGCAUGAACGAGGACCUGAUGCUGAGUGUAGACCUAAGUGAUGCUAGUUCCAAAGUGGAUGACGCUGCAGCGUGUGAAGCAGAAGAACGACGAAGCAUUUGGCAUGGUUCGAUCAACACUAGCACAGACACUUUAGUGCCGAUCGAGAGAAGACAGAGUAAUGACUGUCGAGAAAUUAAAACACCUGCUGCGAAGGAAAUCGAUGUUGCCGACGGCUCUGUAUCACCUGAAAGACUAUCUACGACAGCUGACAAAAUGGAACUUGGUUUAACUUCACCAUAUGUUCUAUUAAAACAAGAGCGCAAAAAUUCUUUAACCUGCAAUACAGCUGUAAGUAGCAUUGGCGUCAAUGGCUUGAAUAACAGUAUUUUGCCUAAAGUUCAUGGCAGUAGUAGUACCUCGAAUCGUUCAAAUAUCUUGUCAAAUUCAUCUAGUAAUGCCUCCAUCUCAUCAACAUCGUCUUCACUCAAUAAUUUAAAAAACAUUAGAAACAGCAAUAAUAGCCUCGCAACAACUAUGACAGAUCAGAAUUGUGACAAUAAAAGUGAGAAUGAAGCUGAUAUAGAUCCUGACGAAUUAGACGCCGAUGAUGCUGCUGAUCCGUUUCCAAAUACUCAUGCGCAUUCCAACGAUUCCAUGAAUGAAAGUAUCAUUAUUUUGCCAGAGCAUCGAAAGUUGGAAAUAUCUGUGAGUGGCAAUUGUGAGACAAUCUCAAAUAACGGUGUGUCAUUGCCAACGACACCGACAGACUUUGCUGCAAGCGCAACUGUUGGAGUUAGAAGCGGAUUUGGUGGAGUUGCAGCUGUAGGUGGUGCAGCCACUCAUCGGCGGCGACGCACAUCUUCGUCGAACUCUAAUCCAAAUCGUUUUUUUGAUGGCAUUAAUAUAAAGUUAGCUAAUGGAAGCACAACACGAUUUUCUUUGCCUGGUGCACGUUCGUUGCCGAUGACACCGCCCGCACAACAGGAACGACCACAAAUCACAAUAUCCUGUCCAGAUGGAUUGGCGCAUGCCUUGAGCGAACAAAAUCUCCGACUGCAACAAAUUGUGCUCGAACACAAGGUGCGCGAGGAUGUACUGUUGCGUGAAAUACAUGACAUGCGCAUGGCGUUACUUAAAAAAAUAUGCCCAAAUUGCAACGUUGCACAAACAAAUGCAAAUGAUGAACAGGAAGACGAGAUCUUACUUAGCAGAUGUAGAAUAGUUGAACGCACCACAAGGUGCCAAUGCUUGAAGGCGAGAUCAUGUAAUAAGUGCAAACUAUUGCAACAGCAGCAAAUGAGAGAGCAACAACAACAACGGUCACAAUCAUACCAAUCAUAUAAACGACGUCAUCGUUUACAACGUUACCACACGGCGAUCGGUCAUCAUGGGCGAGUACUCUCUCGCUACCGUUAUUGCCAUUGCAUUUGCCAGAACAGUUAUAAUCAGCGCAGGCGCUACCAUAGUUUCAGUUGUAGUCUUUGCUACAACAACGAAGAUGAUAUGCUGACUGACGACGAUAAUGAUAUCACAAUGGCGAUGCUAAUGCGAAAUUACAGUUGCGAUUGUCGCGAUAGCAAUAGCUCCUUGUCAGCGAAUUCAGCUAUAGAUAACAUUGAGAAUGCUUCGAUAUGCUCAUGGGAGGCUGUUGAAGAUCGCAGCGCACCCUCAUCUAGUGCUAGUUCCUCCAUACAACAACCAAACACCGCAAGUGUCCUCUGGGUACCCGAUCAUGCAGUGAAACGCUGCACCAGCUGUCAAGUCGAAUUCUGGAUAGGCCGUCGAAGACAUCAUUGCCGUUCGUGUGGGCAGAUAUUUUGCGCCGACUGUUCAGAGUUUUGGGCCCCGCUACCUGAUGCAAAGCUUUUUAAUCCCGUGAGAUUGUGCGGACCCUGUUAUCAUGCCGUAACAACAAGGAUCCAGCUGCAGAGUCGCUCAUCGGUCAUAACCAAUAAUAUGCCAAAUUAUACAACCAUAACUACCAGCUCCUCUGCAAAUAGCACGACAGCAAGCACUGUUUUAACGGCUAGCGGAGCUACAAAAAACUUGCCUAAUACGGCGACGCCAGCAGUUUCAAACACAUCGCAUGCAAACGCCACCACAGUCACAACAACAAGUACAUCCAGUACGAUGCAUAUGACGGCUCCAUUACCUUUAACAGCGGCUGCAGUGCAGCAACCAAAACAGCAGCAGCAGCAACAAAGACAAACGGCAGCAGUGGCUGCUAGUGCUAGCGUGGCUGCCGCAGCCGCAGCUACAAGCACACAAAUUGAGAGUAGCAGUAUGUCACACAUGUUGAUGGCGGCAAAUAAAAACAUUGCCGCUAGUGUUGCAAAUUAAUAUUUA